AGUCAGCUCAGUAUGACAGUUUUCCGGAGGAGGUGGUAGCUCUGAUGAAGGGACGGACUCUGGCCCUGAAUAGUCGACUUUGUUCGCUCUGCCCUGAGUAUGAUCAGGUUACUGGCCUGAUAAGGGUUGGAGGACGCCUGAGACGUGCCGAAGGUCUGGACUCAGACACCAUACACCCUAUUGUGCUACCUCCCGAACACCCGGUAACUAAGCUCCUCGUCCAACACUUUGACACUAUUCUGUUGCACCCUGGUCCAGAGCGCGUCUUUGCAGAGAUACGGCGCGCUUAUUGGAUCAUUAGAGGGCGACAAGUAAUCCGGAGACAUCAAAGACAAUGUGCAGAGUGCCAGAAAUGGCGGGGGAGGCCUGCUUCCACCAAAAUGGCUGAUUUGCCGGCAGCGAGACUCCGGAUCCACAAACCUGCUUUCUGGUCAACGGGAGUUGAUUGCUUCGGUCCCUACACCAUCAAGAUAGGCCGGAGGCAUGAGAAGCGCUGGGGCAUAGUCUUUAAGUGCCUAACCACCCGAUGUGUACACCUGGAUUUGCUGCCAAGCCUGGACUCAGACGCUUUCCUCAUGGCUGUGCGAAGAUUCGUCUCUCGACGGGGUACCCCAUUCGAGAUAUGGUCAGAUCAGGGCACUAAUUUCCGAGGGGGUGCUCGAGAGUUACAGGAAGCUUUCUCUAUGAUGACGCCCAUUCUUCAGGCACAGCUAGCAAAGCAGAGGAUAACCUUUCAUUGUAAUCCACCGCAUGCCCCCCAUUUUGGGGGAGCAUGGGAACGGGAGAUAAGGUCGGUUAAGGGGGCACUCCAGGUCAUCCUGAAGAAUCAGAUUGUGACGGAAGAAGUCCUCUGCACGGCUCUCCUUGAAGUAGAAGGGAUCCUUAAUGCGAAACCUCUCGGUUACGCAUCCUCGGAUAUUGCUGAUCCUGACCCCAUUACACCAAAUCUCCUGCUUAUGGGGCGGCGGGACGCUUCACUGCCGCAGGUGAUUUACGGACCAGGGCAUUUUAUCACCAGUCGAAGAUGGAAACAAAGCCAGGUAAUUGCUGACCACUUCUGGAGCCAGUUCAUUCGGAGGUACCUCCCAGGUCUUCAGCUCAGACAGAAAUGGCGUGAUCUGACACCCGACCUCGCUGUAGGUCAGGUUGUCAUGAUCGUGGACUCGCAACUGCCCCGGGCCAUGUGGCCAGUUGGGAAGAUUUCAAAGGUGUUUCCCGGAGCAGAUGGUGUAGUGCGUUCGGCGGAGGUGCAAGUAAAGGAUCAUACUUACAUACGACCAGUUGUUAAGUUGGUUACCCUGCCUCAGAUGCCAGAGGAAGAGACCUCCGCAUAGUACAACACAGACUUUUUGUAAUGAUGUGUAUUUGUUGCACAAAUACAGGGGCGGCUGUAGAAAAGCCUGUGUUAGGGUGAACUACAUUACCCAGCAGCCUCUGGGCAGUGACGGGAUUCAUGGGAUUUCGGAGCUGGAUGGUGUUCGUUCGUUCCUGGGCUGGCGAUUGAGGAGAGAGCUGCUGGGAAGGGAAGCAAAUAGCCCAUCCUGUAUUUGUUGGGGAUGGUGUGCGUCAAUUAAAAAAACCACACCAUAUCACCCCUCCACAUCCUCCUACUGUAUGCCAUACCUUCCUGUACCAUCCAUCUGACCGCCAAUAAACUCCACCUGUGGUAAUGUAAUCCCUGGAUGUCAGCCUCUCCUUCUGACCGAGGAUAGUU